AUGUUGCUGUUACGCGUUCUUUUAACAGCAUCUCUGUUUGUACUCUCGUUUGCAAGGGAGUUGGCCUCCAAGAAUGGUGAAUUUGCUUCCUCGGCGCUCCAUCUGAGCCAAAAUGCGUACAAGUCGAACCAAACGGGCCUGAUAGUCGUGGGUUCGGAAACCAACUCGUACCCAGUGCUGGUGACGAUUAGUGACCUGAAAUCGUCGGACGAGCUGUAUAUACGCGGGUACUGCGAACUGCAGCAUCACAGAGCCGAAUCGCCUCCAGCGAAGAUUUUUGAGCAUGCGCCCAAGGUGCAACUCGUGCGGCCAGGACAAAACACGACGUUCGAGAUGGACCAUCCGGGGUGGUACGGCAUAUACGCCUUCCCGGCCAAGGAGAACGACGAGGUGCGAGGAGGCUUCGUCGUUGAGUUUGGCGUCCCGCAGAUGCGUCCUGUCCCAUACUCCCGCACGCUUUCUCGGUCCCUGCUGAAGGUGCUGUUCUGGAUCGUCGUUCCCAACUUUGUGCUGAGCAAGCUGAAGCACAGGGGCCCCUUCACCAUCGUCCACAUGUUUGGUGCGUUUUUGGUGUACACGAUAUGUCUCACCUGGGGCACGAUUGGCUGGUCGCUGACCAAAAACUACUUUUUCAACGGACACCUGAAAACAAGCAAGCUGGUCGAGCGGUACGUCAAUUCCGAGCCGGAGGCAUGGCGUCUGGCCAUCUUCGCGUACGUGGUUUCCAGAGACGCAAUUGGACGGAAGACCCUGAGGACGCUCUACGUUCUCGUUGCCCUGAACUACUUGUUCCCCCCCAGCAUUUUCUCGAUCCCCACUCUCGAGAUGAUCGUGUCCAACUACAUGGCCGCGGCACUGUGGGCACUCUACGUCUUUGUUACUGUUUGUCUGCGUGUUGGCCUGACCGUGUUUAUCGCCCUGCGCCUGUUCUGGCGUUCCACCAGCAAGGACAGCGUCCAUGCCCAGGAGAGUCUCUCGACAGAGUACACCCGGCUGCUCAUUGUCUACCUUCUGCAGGCCGCGGCGCCUGUGGUGCUCGGCGCUGCCUGCCUCUUCGGCGUGGACUUCAACCUGUGGGACCACGCCGUUCUGUCCUUCCUCGACAUGUUCACCGUGCGGUCGCUUUUCAACAUGCGAUUCACCCAGGACGAGCAGACGCGCAGCACCACGAACGCGAGAGACGCAAUGGUUACGAAGGUGUGA